AUGGUCAGAGGUGGUAAGUACAGGUUUUCUGUACGAGCGGCUGUGAGAGAGUACAAGUAGCAUUUUCAAAAGAUCGCGCACGUUCGGUAACAGGCAACUGGACAAUAUCGCGACGAUUGCAAUACGAUAAAUACAUACGAGGUAUAAUCCGUAAAAAACCGUGAACCCCCGACGGAUUUAUUCACGGUCGGUUCUCGGAUCGAUCUAAAGCGCGGUACAGGCGAUGUCGGCGGCCUACCUGUGGUAAAACGGAUGUGCCCGUAACGAGCGCGUUCUCUACACUUUUACUCGGCACGUGUGCGAAAAUAAAAUUGACGCGACGACUUUCCCCGCAAACGCUCGAUCGCUGCAUUCAGUUCUCCUCCGAUCGUUUAUUUACCGCGGAUUAGAAACGUCGCGUUGUUGGCGCGAUCCACGAACAGCGGCGGCCAAUCACGGCGCGGACACAUGCGUGUCGGUUACUAACGAUCCUCGGAGGUCCGUUUAUCGGCGCCGGAAUCGUGAAGUGCCGCGUAAAACCGCCGGAAACAUUUGUAACGGCGCCCGGCCACCGCCACUUGUGAAACCCGUAACCGGGCGCCCGGUAGUAGUCGCGAUUUCGGCGUGUGCCAGAAGUACUCGGUUCGGGCGCGCGUUCCUCCGCAGCACCCCGUACGGUUCUCGGCGGCGUCGUCAUAUUUUUAGACACCGCGGGCGUAACGCAUGUAAGCGUACCCGCGGCGCGCGCUGCGUCGUGUCACACCCGAAAUCGUCUACUUUCCGCGCGGCGGAACUCCCGUUCCGAGGGGGGAAACAAAAUCAAAAGAAAAGAGUGCGCGGGCGCGAAUUUCGGAGGGCGAAACCGGCGUGUGUCGUCACGGUCAGUGGAAAACGGUUUUUUGAACUCGGGUCUCGUUGCUCGACGAGAAUUGGUAAUGGUGAAAAAAACGCGUCCGUCCCCGCCUCGCCGUCCGGAACAACGUCCUCUUUUUUUUUUUUUUUUAUGAAAAUCGGGCGCUUUCGAUGGUCGCUCUAAAACCCCCCGAAAACCCCCUCGAAUUUUGCCGCGGCGGGGCGUUUUGCUGGACGGGGGACGGCACACGCGGGCUCACGGCGUCCUCUGAAUACUCGAUUUGUUUCGUUUGUCGCGCUGUCGUUAAAAAAAUAAUCAAGAGGCGGAUUUUUUUUUUUCGACACGAUUUAUAUCGGCCGCCCGUUUUUAAUGUUGUCCACUGUUGUUUUCGGUACUAUUUCGCGCGGACGCAUUUCCUUCCGUUCGGUUAUGAACCCGACAAUACCGUCGUGCAUACCAUACAGGGUUUCUUGUUGAGUUGUUCCGGUGGCGAAUUGUGAAAGUAUCGGGAAAAUUCCCGACGAAGUGAACAAACGCACGUUGAAAUUCAAUAACAACUCGAAAACAAUUGUCAUUCGUUUUGCAAAUGUUCGCGUAACGGUUCGAUUUAAGUGUAUCAACGAGCAUUCGACGUUCAACCGGACUCGCUCAGAAUCGUCAGAGGUUGAUUAAAUACACAACGAUGCUUGUUCACGCAAAGGCGUGCGCCGCACGAAUUAUAUUUAUUUUACAAUUUUUCGCCUGUUAUCGCGCGAAGUGUGUCCAUCUUUUUUUUUUUUUUUUUUUCGUUUUUGCGUCUGUAAACAACUUUUCUACCAGAACUCUUGGUCCGAUCAAAACCUUUACAGCAACACUUUCUCGUAGCGUUGUUUUUGACCCGGUGGCGCGCCGAGGUGGUAACUGUUCGAUUUCCCGUGUGGUUUUCUUAAACGAACGUGUAAAAAAAAAAAUUGAUAAUUUCCGGGCCGCUCUCUCGUCCCGCGUCCUGACACUUGCUUCCAAAACAACAACAAGAGCGAUGCGCUCCCCUCCCCACCCCCCCGCGCGACAACGCCGUGUCGUCGUCGCUUUCGAAUUCGAAAAGAAUCGCGUAAAACGCUGGCUCGCGUCCCGGAAUAACGGGGCCCGCCGAGAAAAAAAAAACAAAAACAAACAAACAAAGAACUGGGCGGACUGCCCAAUAUGUGCGCGGUUCUCCGAGAGCAACGCGGCCGCUACAAGUAUCCGCGCGUAUUAAACUAUUGCCGUCGCGUUUGAUUUUUCUCGACGUCGGACGUUUUCCGAACGAACGGUUGGUCGUGCACCGGGCGACGGACACCGACGCGGCCGGUCCUUCGAUUUUACAUUCCCCGCGCAAUCGGCCCAAGCGCGCGCGCGCGCGCGCUGUGAUACCUUAGACCAUUCGGCACCUGUUUAUUAAUACGUAAACAGUGUUAUCAUAUUUUCGUGUUAAUAAUCACAUCGGCCGUAAUCCGACGAUUUCCGAGUUGCGACGUUUUCUUGUUUUUCUUUUCGAAAUUAAAAAUUUCACACCGCCGUUUAAAUAACUCGCCCGUUGAGCAGUACCCAUAUUUCGCACGCUCGUUCUUGUCGUGGAAACCGCGUAAAUCGACUUAUGCACGAAUCAUGUAUACAGAGUAAGAGAAAAAAAAAAAAAAAAAACAACAGACACGACGACAAGUCCAACACGAAAACUCUUUGUUACCAUUGACUGACUGGGAUCAGAUUGUGAGUACCCUGCGAGCUUCUACAUUGUCGCGUUUGAUCGCCCGCUCCACUUACUUUGUCAUUGUUGGUUCGGCCGUGUCGUAAUUAUACCCGCAGUGUAUUUUCGGUUUGACAUUAUGCUAUGUAGGCAACCUACCGUUGAUUACAAUUUUUUAUUUCAAUAAAAACCAAUGUUUACCCAAAACCAAGUACACGUAUUUUAAACAUGUACGUAUCAAAUACCCAGUCCACCCAGCUGUGGCGUCCGUACGUGUAUAUUUUUAUUGAAAAUCCUUACCUUGCUUUUAAGUAGUAUUUUGAAAUACGAUAUGUUCGUUGUUAUGAGGUACGCAAAUGGCAAAUAGUUUUGUUGAAGAACAGCGAUAGCUUACAAUUAAAUAAUAUUUGUUAGCAAGUAUGUUUGUAUUCAACAGGCUGCAUAUUUUUAUACAUAGCUUAUUAUGUUACCUAGUAAAAUUACAUUUAUACAUUUUUAAAGCCAGUCAAUUUCAAUUGUAUUAACUGUUCUCAACAUGGUAACUAGUUUCUGAUUAAACUAUAAUCCAUUUUACUAAAUAAAAUUGCUUAAAAAAAAAAAAAAGAAAAAGUUGAUGUUAAGAAGACCGAGUAGUGAGUGAUUAUAAAUAGUUCAUUUGGAUUACAUUUUCAGAAGAAUAAUUUCCUAAUUUUACUGUCCAGAAAUUUAGGUAGAUACUAUUAACAUUUUACGAAAAGGUCACAUGUGUGUUUGAAAAAUAUUCUUCUCUUCAAUUUUACUACAGUAUUAAAGAUUUGUGUUACCUAUCUGGUUGCUGUCUUGGAUAAAUUUAAUGUAAAAUUGAUUAGUUAUCCUCUUAACACCAAGUCGGGUAUUUAGAUGUAUGUUUAAUUUGAUGAAUUUUAAAGAAAGUUUUUACAAUUUUUCAUAUUCAUUGUGUCUACAAUAAAUUAAUUAUACACUAUGAAUGUAAAAAUACAUUUUAAACAAAAUUUAACUAGUUGUUACUUGUUCACAGUUCUCGAAUUGAGGGGGGUCGGAGUGCCUCGACUAAUUUUUCAGAAAUAUAAGUGUACUUUCACUGUUUGUUUGAAGUUGGACACAUGGGAAUCAGUGGAGGAUACAAGGUACCAUGUAUGGAAAGAGCUGUAUAAAAGAGAUUAUACCUAUGAAAGUAUUCAGUGGAAUUUCAUACUUCGAUUAUUUUUCAUUGAAUAAACAAAAUGUAAUAAAACAGGAGCAGUAAAUGUAACAGUUACAAGUUUUACCUAAAUUUUUCUAGGGGUUUCCUCAUAAUUAAGAAUACUGUAAAGAAAACCGAAAAAUAAUUGGAACAAGAUUUUUGGUAGAAAAAUGUAGUUCACAUGCAGAAAAAGAACAAACACAUCGUCAUAAUAGAAUCAUAGACCAUAUAGUAGUAACCAUCAUAUUAGAAUCUAAAAUAAACAAUAUCUACUAUAGUGGGUACUAUGUAAGCAAAAGUUAGCCUGCAGUAGGUAGUGUUUGUUUUCGGAAAUUAUAAAUUACCGAAUUAUGUUUAAAAGUUGGCGUGGGAAGUGUGGAAGGCUUAGCUUCCCAUGGGUCGGGUUGUGUUCAAUAAUUGAAGGGGCGCUAAUUUUUUUUUUUAUGUCUAAUAGUCCCUCUUCUUUUAUUUAUAAAUUAGAGCACUGCUUAUUGAGGGAUUUUUAUUACGCAUAUUCUAAUCAAUAUAUCUUUAUCUUCUAUCAUUAGGACCGUACAUUUUUAAAUUAAAAUUUAAUCUUUUUAAACAUUUUUAUAAAAGAAUCCUGUUAGUUUCUUGUUUACAAAUAAUAAAUUUAAUAUUCAAUACUUAACUAAUAUUAUUAAUUGUUUUAAUUUCAGUAAUGGAAGACGUUAAUAAGUUAAUAAUUGAAUUGAAACGCACUGGAGAAUAUUAUAUCACUGGUCAACAAAAAUUAACACUCAAUACAGAAAUUAUUCACACCAUCAAUACCAAAGUGCUGUAUUCACUACAUUUGGAUCACAUUUUAGAUCAUCAUUAUUUAUGUGAAAUUCUCAAAAAAAUUACCAAGUUAAAUUUAUUUAAGUCACCCAAUGUGGAUCUCAAUAGUUCUAUUAACCUUUCACCUUUCCAUAGUAUAAUUUAUUUAGAACUUCAUGAUAUAAAUAUAGAAAAUUUGAUUGGUCUAAAUUUUGAACAAAUUGAAGUUGUAAUUAUAAACGGUGCAAUCAAAUCUUUAGCUUUAUUAUUGAAAAGAAAAUUAGUCAACCUCAAAUAUUUAGCAUUAAGAGGCUGCCGUCUUAAAGAAUUGGAUGAAUCAUUAUUACUAGCACCUCAUCUUACAUAUUUGGACGUUUCCAGAAACUUAUUAACUGAUCUUGAAAAUAUUAAUAAACUGCAAUGCUUAGACAAUUUAAAAUUAAGUGUAAAUAGACUUACACAAGUACCUACAUUGAGUGAUUAUAGUGCUAGAAAUUUGACUAUAUUAAUAUUGAGUUAUAAUUUCAUAAAUGAUAAUACAACAGGUAACUAUUAUUUGUAUUUACAAUACUUUUUAUAAGUUUAAAAUAAAUUUAAUUAUAAUUUUUGAUGUAGACAAAUUCACAAGUAGUAAAAAAUAUUGUAUCCAUUUAUAUCAAAUUUACUUUUACAUUUAUAUUUUCAGUUUUGGAAUUUACAUUUCAAUCACAUCUAUUAUAAUAUUAUUAUAUAAACACUAACAUCUUAAUACCUAACCUUUUGUGUUUAAACAUAUAUUUUACCUACAGUGAAAUUCAUAAAAUAAUUGUAUUCUCAAUACUAUGAAUUAGGUUUGUCUUGCCACUGUUUAUGAAAUAUCAUAUAGCUGAACAGACAUAAAAUAUAUUUUUCAUUUUUAUUUAUACAGUGGUAGUUAUCCUAUGAUCCAACUGUUUUUUUUUUUAUUAUUUUCUAGAUUUCUGAUAAAUUUAACUUGUAUAUAUUUUAUGAAGGUUCUCAGAAUUAUUCUUAGCUACAAAUAUUUUUUUGAGGGUAGCCACCACUACAUUCAUAUAAAAUAUACAUUAUUUGUUUAACAACAUUGAUUUUAUGUAUUCCUAGGUUUGUUUAAAUUAACAAAUUUGAAAGUAUUAGAUCUGUCAAACAACAUGAUCUUGCACCAUGAAUCAAUAUCAGCAGUAGGAGACAUGGCUUUUUUAAAAUAUUUAAAUUUGGAAAAUAAUCCUAUAGCAUAUAUAGAAAAACAUAGAGAAAUAACUUGUGGAUAUCUUCAUGAAAAUGCAGCAGUUGAACUUGUAAGAAAUUUAAAAAUACAUCUAAACAUUCGUAUUAUUUUAUGAUUAAUUAUUGUAACAGUUUGAACUUGACAAUCAACUACUUUCAAAAUCGGAAAAGAAAUUCGCUGGACAGUUUUCUAGAUCAUUAGAUUUAUCAUUUUUGCAUUACCAAGAAACUCCUAGUAAAUUAUACAUUUAUUAUUAGUUUUAAUGGAUUUAAUAAUAUUUAUGUUUUUAUUAUUCCAAUGUUUUAGCAAAUGUUAAGGCUACAAAAAUAAGAUCUCCAAUAAUUCAAGAUCACAUAUCAGAUGAAAACCGUACUAUCCAAACACCAGUACUAAAAAUUGCCACAACAAAAAGUUCGGUACAUUUAAAUUUAGCAUUUGUUAUGUAGUUAUUUAAUUUUAAUUUUAGGUACUCAAAAGUCAGAACAUUUAACUACCAAAAGACAAAUAGAAAAUGUCCGCCAAAAGUUUGGAGAAAAUAAUUGGUUACACAGUCAAGGUGGAAGUUAUGUUCAAGAAAUCUUGGGUAUCAAACAGCCCCAAGUCAUUACUGUAUGGUUAUUAUUUUGUAAUGUUUGUUAAUGUGAAGAAAGUACAGUUGUGUUAUUGUUGUAUAAUAUUUGUUUAGGAAGAACCGCCUAUAACUGAGGAUAAUUCAAAAUUGAAUAAUAUUGAUGAAAAACAAAGUUCUGUAUUAGAUAAUGAAUCUCAUUUUGAAAAUGGUGAUGAGCCUGUAAUAGACAAUAACAAACUUAUAGAUUCCACAAAAAUGGAAGAUUUUACUUUACAAAAAGAUGAAGAACAGAUACUAUUAACAGGUCAGAUGACAUUUUAAUUUUAAUAUCAAGUUAAUGGAUUAUUUAUUGAAUAUUUUUUACUAAAGGUUCAAUGUGUAGAUAAAUUGAAAUUGCAGUUACAACAUGACCUUCUUGAUUUAGAGUUAAAAUUAUAGGUUAUUUGAUACUAAUUUUUAUGUAUUUAUGAUAAAGGUUUGUAAAGGUAUUAAGUUAAAGUUUACUCAUUUCUAAUGAGAUUCUUAUAAAACAAAAAUAAAUGUUUAAUGCCCAAUAGUUAAAUAAUAUUUAAAUUGGUUUCGUUAUCUAUAUAAUCUUUGUCCGAAACUAAAUUUUUAAACUUCAGAGAUUCACAGACUAUAAGAUUGGUUCUCUUGGAUAUGUUUUAAUUUUUAAUUUUAUAACCAGUUGUUGUUAUAACAUAGUUGCUUGUUAAAAUGCUGGUUGGAGGAUUAAUAUUAUGUUGUAUUGAAAUUUUGGUAAAAAUUUAUAUUAAUUUAAAAACUUUUUUCAAGGGAGUGGGUUAAAAUUUAAAAAUUUAGCAAUAUCUACAAAUUUUAGUAUAGCUGUCAUUGUUCAUAAAACUAUUUUGUUCAAUAAUUAUUAAUGUUUAAAUUACCUAUUAAAUAAUAAAUAUAAUACAAUGGAACCUAGAUAAGUUGAAAUAAAUACUGUUCCCUUAGGAAAACCUCUAUUACUUGAAAGAAAAACUAUAGAUAACUCGAACAUUCUGGUUACGAAUAUAGACUGAUAAUUUGUAUAAUCAUUUGUUUCAUCGGCUUGUGUGUCCCAUAAUUUAACCUAAUAUUAUGUUUAUUAUCAUAUUUUUCAUUUGAUUUAUUUUGAUUAUCAUAUUUUUUAUUCGGUUUAUUGUCACUACAUUCGGUAUAGUCAACCCAAAAAUCAAGUAAUGUAUACGAUAAAGCGUACUCUGUUCAAAAUGUAGUAGAAAAUACCGCUGAUUAAAGCAUGAGCUCUCAAAAUUUUAAUCAAAAUAAAAUAACAAAUUAUUGUAAAGUUGCAACACUACAUAUUUAUUAUUAUUUUUUUUUAGUAAUACAAUUUUAAAAUAAAAAUAAUGAAAAUACACACUGCAAUUAUAUAUACAUACUAUGUAAUAAUUAAAAACUACAAUACGUACAUACAUUUUAAAAACCCUUUAAGUCAAAUUUUUUUUUUAAAACUUUGAUAACUCGAAAACUUAAUAAGUCAAAACUCAGAAGAAGUGCAAUUUUUUUCAACUUAUCAAGGUUCCAACUAAAUCUGUGCAUUAGAUUUAUAUUAUUUAUAAAUAUUAUGAGAAAUAAUUUAUUUAUAUUGUAUUUAGGAAACAAUUGGAGAGCUAAUAUUACAGAUCCAGAAACUGGCCAAUGUUCUAAUAUUAUACUAUGUUUAACAGAAAGGUCAGUUUUUAUUAUUAUUGACUUGUGUACUAAUUAUUUUUGUAAUAGCUAAAUGUACUAAUUUAUUGGUUUAGAGAUUUAAAUGAAAGAAGUUCUAUUGACGGUCAUUUGCUUGCUACGUGGAGCCGGGAUUCAAUUAAAAGUUGUGUCAAAAUUAGCUUUGAUCCAAUUAAAAUUCAAUUAAACUUUAUGACUAUUCGAAAAAAUUUGAGUCAAAGAAUAUAUGCAAUGAGUGACUGCGAUGCAAAAGUAAAUUAAAGCAUUCAUUUUAUGACUGGACUUCUAUUGAUUAUUCAAGUAGUUUUAUAUAAUAUUCAGUAUUCAAACAUGAGGGGGCUAUGUAGUUUUUGUUUCAAAUUCAAAUUAUAUUAAAACUUGGAAAUGAUAAAUUCAUGCAAAUUUUUACAUCAUAUAUAUUUUAACAUGUAUUAAAUGUUAUCUUAUUUUUUUCCAAUGUUUAUUUGAAAUUAAAUAAAACAAACUUCAGGUAUAAUGUAUAAAUUUUAUUUUUCUUUGCAAAAUAAUUAUAAAUUAGCCCAUAUCAAUGCAUUUAAUACUAAAUAUUAUAUUUACAGUAUAAGUACAUAUACAGUAAAACUUCUGUUAAAGGUCACCCCUGUGUAACGAUUAGUUUUAUUUCUCCUGUUAAGUGUUAUGCCUCUAUAGGAAUCAUUCUUUCUAGUCUCUUUCGUGACCGUUAUAUGGAAGUUUUACUUUAUGAUGACAUUUUUUUGUUUUUUAGGAAUUUAUCAGCAUAAUUUGUAUGGAGCUAGAGUCAAGAACUUUAAGUGAAAUGGACCAAUUGGUAUUCAAGUGUGUUAAAUGUGCUACAGUAUUUUGUCAAGAAAAAAACACAUAUUUUAUUAGUAAGUACAUCAUAUUGUUUUCACAAAUAUAUAUUAAAUGUUCCUCAAAAACCAAUAAUCAGUAUAGACUCGGACACACGGUGCAGACCUACAUUAGUGCUGUAAGACUACUCAGAAGUUACAAAACACAUGGAAUAUUAAUUUAUAGACAGUUUAUGCCUAUAAAGAAAGUAAACAGUUUUUUAAGUUGAACACUUAUAAAUGCCGUUCACAAUAAUGAUACCUGUUUAACAAGGGCUGAAGUAGCACAUCAGGCAUUCCCAAAUAACACGUCAUACAUACCUACUAAGUAAUAUCCAACAAAAACAAUAAUCUUGCAUAAUUUGUGAAAUGUCACUCUCUAUACAAUUUUAUUAGAUUGCACUAGACAUUUUGUAUGAUACCUAAUAAUGUUUAAGCAAUCCAUACAAAAAAGAAACACCCUAAAAUGAACAAAUAAAAAAUAGCCUUCUCAAUUUUUCUCAACAAUUAGUUAAUUUAUAUUUACAAUAUUAUAUUAAUUAUGAAAAUUUGAAGCCUAAUUUUGUAAUAAAUUUAAAAAAGGUGACAAAAUGUUUUAGAAUAAUCAACUAGGUACAUUGUUUUACAUUACAUGUACAUAAUGUACAUUUUAAAUUUUAAAGAACGAAUAAUUAUUUUACAGAAGAAAAAAGAAGAAAUUGUCCUAAUUGUGAGUGCGGUACUGUUGUACAGAUAGAAGAAGAACUUUUGCCAUCUGGUUCUAAUAAAUCAAAUCAAUAUUCAGAAAUAAAUGAACAAAAUGUAAUAGAAAAAGAAAGUUCUAAUGAUUCAACACCUAUUAACUCAAGAUCUAGUAAGAUUAUAAAUACAUUUGAAAUUUUACAAUAAAGUUUUUUCGUGUAUUUUUUGUUUCUUUUUAGGUUCAGAAGAACCAGAAGAACGAAAAUUAUCUAUAAAUGAUAGUGAUGUUGAAAUUAUAAGUAAUACAAGUGGAAGUUCUAUUGAAGUACUUGAAGUGAUAACAGAGUAAGUCUUAAUUAUUGAUGUAUACAUUACUGAUUAUUGUAAUAAUUUAUUUUUAGUGAAAAAUCGAUCUUUAAAUAAUGUUAAAUUAAAGUCUGGUAUGUCAAAAAUACACAUCAAAUUAACAAAUCUACAUACAGUGUUGAUUAUUUUAUCCAUUUAACUUUAUACGAAACAUAUUAAUUUUAUUGAGUUUUUAAUCUGUAUCACAACAAAAAAUUUAAAAAAAACUUUACUGAAUAAUUUUAGAUUAUGUUAUUGAUUAUUAGUUUAACUAUAGUUUUGUGUCCUAUAAAUAGAGUAUUAUCUAAAGCUAUUAUGUUAAGGCUUAAUUUUUUAUUUAUUAGUCGUUUAGUAUAAUUUACACGUUAAUCUAAUUUGUUAAUAAAAAGUUGUUAUUUAAAAUGUUAUAGACCUGAGCCAAAAAAAGAAAGAAAAAAACUGACGGAUGUUCGAACUGAACUGACUGAAAGUAGCUCUUCUGGUUAGUAUUUUAACAAUUUUGUGUCUGUAGUAAGAAAACUAAUAUUUGUCACUAAAUUUUUUUUUAUCGUAACUAGCCACUUUAUAGUGAAUUUUUGUUCAUUUUGUAAAUUUUUUUUUUGUAUAAUGCAAAUUAUAUAAUAUAUUACAAUAAUACAGUUUAAUAAAAAAAAAAAAACCAUUUUGGUUAUCUUUAAAUUUUAAAUUCCUUCAACUUUUAAAUUAAGUUUACACAAAUUAAGAUAAUCUAUAAAUAUCAAAUAUUUACAAUAAUUUAUUUUUUAUUACUAUUUACUCAAUAAUUCUUAACCAAACAUAAAAUUAUAAUAUACAAUACUGUUCAUUUCUUUGAAAAAGUAACUAUUAAAAAGUUAACCUAAACCAGACCAUAAAGUUUCAAAUAAAUAAUUAUAAAUUGAAAACACUAAAUGCAUAAAUAAGUUUGCAAAAAAAAGAAAUAUAUAUGGACGAUUGUUUUGGCUAUAUAAUUAUUUUAUUUCUAAUGCCUUGUCGUUUAUUCUGUAAAUAAAUUGUAAAUUAGUCAAAAAUGGUUGUAUUAACAUAAAAAAAAAAAAAAAAAAAAAUACUAAUUAAAAUUGCUUUAUUUAACACGAGUUGUUUAUAAAAUAGAUUUAUAAAUUAUAAAAUUGAUAAUUAGACAUAUUUUAUAAAUUGUAUAGUGCUGUCUCACAAAAAAAUUUAAAUUAAAUAGCUUUUAAUAAACAUUAACCAAUCACAGUAUUAACGACUCAUUGAUUUAAAAUAAUUUAAAACCUGUUCAUUGAGUUGUUUUUGCAUUUUAAUUUAAUUAAUAUUAAUAAUAGGAUCAAUGACGGAUAGUGUAUGUACCGCUUAUGAAAGUAAAAAGAAACGCAAUGACAGUUCAUCAACGAUAAGAGGUACUGUAUUUGUAACUAAAUCUAAAACAAGAAUCUAAUGAAUAUAUUCAAAAUAUAUUGUUUGUACACUAGAAACAGGAAGUUCUAAGGUUCCAUCUAUAGUAGAUAUACCUAUUCAGUUCUCUUAUACUGAUUUUACUACAGUUGACCAACGAUUAAAAUAUUAUGUUCAAGAAAAAUUCUUCUGGGAAAAUGAGGAAUUUGUGCUUAUUUUUCGGGUAUGUUUUAUUCUUAAAUUUUAUUUAAUUUUUUUUUUUAAUUUAAAUUAAGUCUUAAUUUUGGUUUUACUUUUUAGUGCAAUUGUAUAAUGACAAGUCCCAAUCACAGAGUUGAUGGGUGUGCGAUCAUAUCUACCAGGGCAUUUUAUGUGUUCAAAUAUAUUGGCCAAACAGAUGAAUUGUAAAUUUAACUGAAUUAAAUAAAGUUAAUAAAUAUAUAAAAAUAAAAUGAAUAAAUGAAUUGAUGCGUCGCCUGGAGUAUUAUGAUAAGUGUAUUAUAUCGGUUUCGAAUAGAAAUUCAUCAUCAGCUAUGUCACAGUUAAAAUGUAAAACGCGACGUCGUGACUUGUAUAUUCAGGCGACAUAUUCAUUUAUAUAUUUAUUUACUUUAUUAUUUUAUUAUUAACUGAAUUGUUAACCUAUGCUAGUUUUGUUCAUUACUCAUAAACGAAUUUCUUAUGUAGCUUACAAAAAGUGUCCAGUCAUCGAUUAAGUCUUGUCAAGUCUAUAGCCACCCUUCCGUGGAAUAUCGGUUUAAGUAUUUGUGUCAGCCAACCAGAUAAAGACAUGAAAUAUACAUUUGUUCUCUUCGUGCCUCACAUUACCACACGGUUAAUUGCAAUCUUAGAAAGUAUGUGUUUACAAAAAUAAACUAUCAUUCCUGUAGGUAUCUGUCAUUAACAACGCCAUAAAUUGUUGUUAGGUAUAAAACCAUUUGAACAACGAGACGUAUUAAUUUCAUCUCCAAACACCAACUCCUAUCUAUAUGUCAAUAAUAUUCUUUACAAAAAUGAACUACACUUGCCUAUUAUUCAUGUGGUGUUCUGCGAGUGUGCAACUAUAACUACAGACAAUGGUAUUGGCAAUGUUUUUUAAUUUGUUUUUGACUAUAGGACACAAAUAUAAUAAUAAUAAUAUUUGCUUCAGGACUUGUGGAAGUAAUAGACCUACCCGGCGUUGUGAUAACCGAAUACGAAUUGGUAGUAUUAGCCGGGGAAUGUGCAUGGUUGCUUCCUUACGAAAACAAUUUUCCCACGUUAUCUCAUGUACAACACAUGACUGCUUUUAAUUAUGUUGUAAGAUACAUACAUUCAGAACAAAAUAUGUUUUUAAAUACUUAUUAUUAGUAUUAUAAAUGUUAAAAUAUGUAAUUAUUUAUUUGUGUAGGAUAAAAAUGAAGAGACUCUUGGCUUGCACUUUAAUGAUAAUGUUUCAUGGUUAUUAAUAGUGAACCAUCUUGAAGCUGAUCACGUCAUGGGAGAAACAAUACGUAUAUUAAGAAAUGCUAAGCAAAAGUCAUGUGCUGCCAUAGAAUUGGCUAAAUUAAAUUGCUCAACUCCAGUUAAUCGCAAAAUCAUCCAUUAA